AUUCGUCGUAAUGAACUAGACCUUGCUACACAAAAAGCAGUUAAAAAUGGGUAGAGUUUCGUGGAUUAUUGCCUUAUAUCUUACAAUCAACGUGGUUAUUGUUGUUAAUGGAGAUCGGGUGACUAGAAAUGUUGAAGUAACGGCGGAAGAAGAAAAAAUACGGGAUAAAUUGGGAUAUGAAGCGAUUAGAGAUAUUCAUCGAGACAUGGACGAUGAUCAUUCGGGUUCAAUCGAUCGAAAUGAAUCGACUGGGUUUAUGAAAGAAGAUAUGCAAAUGCGUGGAUCCGAACGAACUAGACGGGAGAAUAAGUUCCAUGGCGACGACGAUGCGAUUACUGUAGACGAUCUGUGGGAGGCCUGGUUUGAGAGUAUCGAGAGAACUUGGACGAAUGAAAGGCUCGUCGAAUGGCUCAUCAACGACGUAAACCUUCCCAGCAUUGUUGAAGCAGUAAAAGCCAAGAAAAUUGAUGGGAAGAUUCUUCCAAGAUUUGCAUCUCCAAAUUCGGACUUUUUGAACAAAGAACUUGGCAUAAAAUCGUCGGUUUAUCGUCAAAAACUUCGUUUGAACUCGUUGGAUGUUGUACUUUUUGGGUAUAAGGAUAAUAAUAAUCGAACAAAGGAUAUUCUAUUGGCGUUUUUGGCACUUCUCCUAACAUCACUCAUCUUUUUAUACGUCCGCCAAAAACAAAAGGCUCAGCAAAAAGUCAAUGAAUUAUCAAAUAAGUUGACCGAACUGAAAUGUAUGGAAACCGAAUUUGAAGAUGUUCAGAAAAUGUUGAAUGACGAGAGAAGUAAACGAUCAAUUUCCGAUGGAGUUGUGAAUCACACAGAAAUGGAGAACCUCCGUGUCCAGCUGGAAGAAGCCGAACGACGGCUUGAAGCGAAUUCGAAUGGUUCUCAAGCUCCUCUUGCACUUCAGCCAUUGCUUAGAAGAACUUGCGAGAAUGAGAUGGCUUUUCUGGAAAAGCAGAGACAAGAUUGCUUCAAGGAAAUGAAAGAGGCCAUCGAAAUGGUGGAUCGUCUACAGAAAAAGCAAGGAAGUGUACUUUCCUCGUUGAAAUUGGCAACUGGAGCAGCUUCCACGUCGGAUCAAGUCGAUUCGAAGAUUUUCGCGUUGAAAAGUCGAAUGGAAAAAAUCCACACAUUGACACGUGAAACUCAAGAACGAUGGCUUCAAAUUGAAUCACUUUGCGGUUUUCCACUUCUAUAUUUAAAUGAAACCGAACAUAUCAAUCGAUCAAUUGCCUCAUCACAUUUCUACAAUAAAAGUCAUGAAGGUUCCUCCUCUUCCGGCUCAAUUUCAAAUGCUCAUUCAAAUCCCAAUGCAGUUAAUUCAAAUUUUGUGAAAAAAGUGUCACCGCCAAUUCCACCUUCCCAACAAACUGCAAAUCUUCGAUUUGUUCCCACCGAGCAAAGUGAUAGUAUUCAUUCUGAAGACACGUCACCAAUUGUCGAAGACGUGGCAAUUUCCAGAAGCUUAACUCAAGACCUAGCUGAAGCUGAUAUGCAGUCAAUAGUAUCCGGUUCUACAAAUGGCUCGGGCUCCGUAGCUGCUCUUAAAAAGCGAAAAGGAAUUUUCCCGAAACUUUUCCGCCGAAAUACAUCGAAAUCUAGCAGUCUGGGUGGCACUUCUAAUUAAUUUUUCCCCAUUUUUUGCCUUUUUUUCUUCUUCCAUUUGCUCCUGGUGAUUUUCUGUGAUAUUUUAUGAUUUUUAAGUUUUUUUUGUUGUUUGAAAAUUUAAAAUUCGGUUAGUUUUUAGUGGUUUUGAAUCUAAUUUUAGAAGAAAAAAACUAGAUUCAAAGCUUUUUCCGUCCAAAAUUUCACCAUCUUCUUCCUGAAAAAUGAUCUUUUACCAAAUCAAAUGGACUUUAAUUUUUAAGAAUUCUAUGCCUCGAAAUAUUUUUUGUUUAAAUAAAAAAUUAAUUCGAAC